UACCGCACUGACAGCGAUCAAGGCUACGUAAAAACCCCUCUUCUUCAGAAAAAGCAUCGAUCAUAUCCCGCGGCGCGCUCAUUAAUUAGUACGGUACCCAUGUGGACGCGUUCGCUCCGGAGAGGAGCUUGGCACGGCAGAGUAGUAACAGAUGAAACCCCCAAACACCACUAUUUCGGGGUUUGCUUAAAAUACACAGCUGAUGACUAACAGAAUUACAUACCAUUUUUAUGUAAUAAUACCCAAACGCUUACAGCCUUGCUCAUCUCCGUGCAGCUCAUCCCGGCUUUAACCACUAGACCGCAGCAGCAGGCAGCGCCGCGACACCUUUCCCAUUUAAAACGACACAAGCUUAUUUAUUUUAAGGGUUUUUUUCCUUCCCACUUCUCCCCACUUGCUUCGCUAGGAUCCAGGCGGCUCCUGGACCAGCCAGAGCAAGACCAGAGCAUUAAUAAGAGCUUUUUAAGUGCUACAGGUAAAGCGUUAUUACGGUCAGUGGCCUAGUGCUCGUCCUGGGACAGGACGUCCUGCUAAAAUGAAGCAAUUUCCUUCAAACGACAGAAAUAAAUAGCAGAGAAAAAGCCAGAAAGGUACUGAAAAUAGGGUGCUCGAAGGGAUCCUGGUGCACUGCAACACCCUACCUUGUCUCGCUUUGAACACAGGGUUUCUUGGUGUUUUACAGUUACUGAGAAGUAAGAGCUACCCCGUGAAGCAGAACUCCCACUUCGCACGGGAGCAAUCAAGUUGCAGAAAUACUUCUGCCAAAGCCAGGCUGCAAAACGCUCAAGAGGCACAUUGGGUCGUUCUUUGCUUGGAGCUUAGCUAAAACUGUGUACUUGGAGUCCUUUCCUAGGCUUUUCUCAGAGCUGUGCCCCGUAACUCACGUUCCCAGCCCCUUCCCACCCAACUCCCCCACCCCCUUUACCACACCUGCGCCCAUGCCCACCACGCCGCCAUUCCCCACCCAAACCUCCCCCUUUUACCACCCCCUCGCUUCCUUAAACCUUAUUUUCACACACAAUCCUUUCCACUCACCUCCCUCUGGGGCCACUUCUCUCACAGGCAUCUCACGCACCCCCAAGUCUCCUCUCCCCCCGCACUAAGACCCCUUCCCCUCCCAAGCUCACUCCCCCACCACUCCUCCUCCUCUCUGGGACACCUCACAUCCCCUCUCCCCCUUUACGAGCUCACUCCCCCGCCAUUCCUCCCUCUCUCCUCUCUGGGACACCUCACAUCCCCUCAAGCCUUCCCCUCUCCCCCCUCACAAGCUCACUCCCCCGCCAUUCCUCCCUCUCUCCUCUCUGGGACACCUCACAUCCCCUCAAGCCUUCCCCUCUCCCCCCUCACAAGCUCACUCCCCCGCCAUUCCUCCCUCUCUCCUCUCAGGGAUGCCUCACACCCCCUCAAGCCUCCCUGCUCUCCCUCCAUACUAACACCCAUUCCCCUCACAAGCUCACUCCACCACCAUUCCUCCUCCUCCUCCUCCUCCUCUCAGGGACACCUCACAUCCCCUCAACCCUCCCCUCUCCCCCCACACUAACACCUAUUCCCCUCACCAGCUUGCUUCCCCCGCCAUCCCUCCUCCUCCUCUCUGGGAAGCCUCACAUCCCCUCAAGCCUCCGCUCUCCCCCCACACUAGCACCCACCCUCCGUACUCCCCCCACAAGCUCACUGCCCGCCAUUCCUCCUCCUCUUCUCCUCCCCUGACCCACACACCCCUCUCCCUCCCCUACACAAAAUGGCGCCGCCCGCGCGCCCGCCUUUUCCCGCCAGGAGCCCAUCACGAGCCCAUCACGUGACGCCGCGCACGCCCGCCCGUGCCGUUCCACGAGGCGGCGCUGGGCGGGAAGGGUCGGGGCGCGAGACGACGGCUGAGGCGGCGCCGCCGCCCUCCCGUGCCGUGAGAAGUCCACGUGUUCGCUGCAGGAAUCGGGAUUCGUUUCCUCUGCGGCGGCUCUUCCUCGCGCCCUCAAUCUUUGCUCGAGGCGGCGGCGCGUAGCUGUUCCUUAGGGUGGUGGCGGGCAUGGAGCAGCACCCCUUCGGCGACGAGAGCGCGGUGCAUUUGGAGAUGCAUCUCCCCGCGUUUCCUGACAGCCAGGGGCUCACCUCUAGCGAGGCUCUCGGCCUCGAUCUGUCCCUAAAUGGGGAAGGGGUCCCGUACGCGGGGGUGGGCGGCUUGGACGCAGCGCCCGGCCUUCAGCCCGCGGAUGCGGCCAGCGAGGCUCCGGCGGCUGAUUUAACCGCGCUCUCCGUGUACCCGGCCAAGGACUGCGGCUCCCUUCAGCUCCUCGGCGCGUCCGACCCGCGCCCCUCGCAGCACGAGCCGGCGCUUCCCGCACCGAUGGAGCCCGGAGGAGGAGGAGGAGCUGGCGGAUGCGUGGGGAGAGGAAGGCAUCCCCUCGUCUCUCGGCGGGCCUCGCUGCCGGGCUGCGGCCGCUGCGGGAAGGUGUUCAGCAGCGCCAGCGCUCUCAGCAAACACGGCCUGACUCACAGCCAGAAGCGGGAGCACGUCUGCGCCGUCUGCAGCAAGGCCUUCAAGCGCCCGGACCACCUGAGCGGGCACAUGGCGACGCAUCAGAAAACGAAACCGUUCGCGUGCCCGCAUCGAGGCUGCGCUAAGAGCUACUGCGAUCCCCGGUCGCUGCGCCGCCAUUGCGAGCUGCAGCACGGCUGGUGCGGCUCGAAGGAGGCUCCGAAGGAAGGCGCCGGGGAGGAAUCCCCGCUUCUUCCCGCUCCGUGCAUCCAAGGCGGCGGGAAACCGGUGGCCCGACUGGCCGUGCGCUGCGCGGCAGGCCCUUUCCCGCCCAGCGGGGACCCGCCGAGGUGCGUCGUGACCAGCUUUGCGAAUCAGAAGCCCCCCUCGGCCGCCUUGCCCUCCGCCUGGGCGGACCCCGCCUCGUCAAGCCAGGCCUCCUGCCUCGCCCCUGAGGGCAGCGGCUUUCUGGAGGCCGCGGGAGACGACGUAGCGACGGGCCGCCUGCCUUGCCCGAAGAGCGCCGCUGCUUCCAGCGUCUGCGCCGCGAUCGAUCCCGGCGACGUGUCUGUGCUGGCGCCAGGCGAGAGCGUAGUUACCCAUCUGUCCCGCAGGCCUUUCGUUUCGGAAGCCCAGCUCCCCUCGGAGCCCCAGCGUUGCCCCGCCGGCCCCCUCCCCUCUUUUUCCGUGUUCAGAGGGUGGAAGCCGUCCACGAACCAGCCGAGCGGUAGCUUCCAGUGGAUGAGAGACAUGCUGGUUUGCGCUAAACCCCAAAGGAGCGAUGCCUGCCUUGCUCACGAGCCGCCCGCCACAGCGCAGGGUGUUUCGGAGGGCUUCGCUGGACCUUCCCUCGCGCUCUCGGCUGCCUACGAGUGUCCGGACGCUUCGCCUUUGAAAGCCAAGGAGGACGCGCCGAGGAAGUUUGAGGAAGCCCCCGACUCCCACCCGUGGGAGGACGCCGGGGCGUUGAUUUUCCCGGAGGUUCAGAAGUGGGACGGGCCGCCGAGCCAGACCAGGCAGCUCUUCCCGAAACCCCAGGAUCCCGCCGCGUGCCCGGAGGCGCCGCAGCUGCAGCGGCACCUCUUCCAGCUGCUCGCCGCCUCUCGGCAGGUCCCGUCCCACGCCCGGGCGCCGGCUCCGGUCGCGCUGGCGGCUCCCGAGGCCGAGUGCCUGCCGGCAAACCCGCUCCGAGCGGGAUUUCAGCAGCUGCCCCCUUGGACGCCCCAGCUUCCGCAGCCGACGGGGUACAAAGGGCUUUCCGCACCACUCCAAGCGUCCGUACCCCACUUCCAGGGCGUGUUGUCCGACGGGGAGAAACAAGGAGCGCAGGCAGCCCCUGCUUUUCAGUCCCCCGCGCGAGAAUCCGCGGGGCCGCGAGGCUCCUCGGUGCCUAGCUGGCUCUGGUGUGGAACGAGUGGAAGCGCCGCGGGAAGCCGCUCCUCCGGGAGCUGGGAUCAGCUGGAAAACAAGGAUUCGGCGCUUAAAAAGGAGGAGAGUAGAGACUGUGGCGCGGAGGCAGGCGGGAAACUGCCGGCGGGCGCCGGCCGGUGUUGGCGUCUGCCCGCCGUCCGCCGGGAGAAGCUGCCCUCGGGGCCGAGCUGCGCCGCUCCCCCCAGCCAGGUGGCCAUGGCGUCCUUCUCUGCUCCCGCCGCGACGCGCCGGCUGACCAUUUUCAACCGCAUCCAAGGUGGGAACAUCUACAGCCUCACGAAGGCGGCGGAGGAGAGCCGGCUGAAUGGCUGCGACAAGACCGGUGCCGCGCCCGCCGCCGACCGCGAAAGCGCCUUUCUCCGCGAGAGCGGCGGCCAGCACCUCUGCGCCGAGAGCGGUCUGGAGAGCCGCCGGUGCUUCCGUGGUGAGCGAUGGCGUUCGCCACCGCGGGCGGCGGAGCAGCAGGUGAGCCACGCCGGAGGCGCGAGCGCUCGCACGCCGCCGCUCGAGGCAGCGGCAGGCGGAGACCCUCCCUCCGCCCCCGAGGUGCCUUCAGAGGACGGCACGGCGGCUCCUCUGGUCAUCCCCGUCUCCGUCCCGGUGACGGCUACGAGCUCGCGAGCCGCGAACAAGGUUCCUGAAGGGGAAAGCCUGGAUGGGAAGGUCCUCAAAGAAAGCUCGUGCCAGAAAAAGAGGAAGAGGCAAACGCGGCCAAAAUCGCUUUUUAUCCCCCCUCCGGCGACCCCCGAAGCCCAGCCGGGGCCGGGGGGGUGUUACCAGAGCAACCUUCGAUCGCCCGUGUUCCUGGUGGACCAUCUGCUGCGGGACUUGUUCCAGGGCUCUCCGUACACGCCGCCUCCGAUGCUCAGCCCCGUACGGGAGGGAUCGGGCCUCUAUUUCAGCACUCUCUGCUCUUCCUCCGCUGACGGCGAUCCCAGCCAGCUGCUCGGUGCUGCCUUAGGCAGAACGGACGGCGACUUCGGAUUUUGCCUGGUGAAGGAGAGCGCCCGGAUCGGCGUCCAGCCGCACAUCAACGUUGGGAGGCGCUUCCAGGCGGAGGUGCCGAACCUGCGGGACAGGUCGCUUUUGGGGAAGGACGAGCAGGCCGCCUCCCUGGUGUGGAAGCCCUGGGGAGACAUCGCGACCAACCCCGAGACGCAGGACAGAGUGACGGAGCUGCUCAACAUGGCCUGCUCCAGCGUCAUGCCGGGGGGAGGAACGAACCUGGAGCUGGCCUUGCACUGCCUGCACGAAGCCCGGGGCAGCGUUCUGGAGGCUCUGGAGAUGCUGCUUUUUGGGGUGCCUCAGAAACCUGAACCCCAUCCUCUGGCUAAUUACCGUUACGCAGGUUCCGAUACGUGGACGCCCCUCGAGAAGCAGCUGUUCCGAAAGGCUUUUUGCGUGCACAGGAAGGAUUUUUACCUCAUCCAGAAGCAGAUUCAGACUAAGAAUGUGUCCCAGUGUGUUGAAUAUUACUAUAUCUGGAAAAAAAAAAUUAAAUUUGACUACAGUCGAGCUCAAGUAAUAGGAAAAAAGGUCAAGAGAGACAAGGAUGAGGUGGAAGAGGCUGGAGAAAAGGCUGCCCGCGGCUCAGGGAAGAGGCGCCGCCUCCUGCCGAAGGGGAGCCUGCCGAAGCGGAGGGCUUACCACCGGCCGCCCCACGGCGUGCGGAGCGAUGCCCGCGAGCCCCCGUGCCCGCCGGGAAGCGCAGGCCGUCGGGCUCUCUUUCCCUGCCAAGAGUGCGAAAGGGUGUUUGACAAGAUAAAAGGGAGGAACGCUCAUAUGAAAAGCCAUCGCCUGCAGGAGCCCGGCCUGAGGGUCAAGUGGCCCCUGAAGCAUCCGAAAAGCAAGGCAGAGAGGGAAGAAACCCAGACGCCGACCUCCUCCGGGGGCGACUGCGGAGCCGUGACCUCCCAGUAGCGAUGAGGUUGGCUUUCCCCCGUUGGGCAAAAAAUAACAACCACGCGAACCUCGGCUGGCGUCGGAGGGGCUCCGGGCGGGGUUUAGACGCCGCAGGUUGGGCCCCGCUCCUCGGCCUAACCCCUGGGCGCUCGCGCCGGUGCCGAGAAACCCGCUCGGCUCCUCCUGCCCUGGGGAAAGCGCUCGGGGAGGCCGCGGAGGGCGUUCGCUGUGGGGUGUCCGGGAGGAAACAAACCCCCCGCCGCGGCUUCGUGCGCCUGUGGCGCGGCUUAAAUCGUAUCCGGGCGUUUCGCAGCCGUUGGCGCCGGCGGGGGUUUGGCCCGAAGAGAGGCGAAGGCCUCGCGCGGCCUCGCGCGGCCCGACGCCGCAAAGGGCGCGUGCGUUGACGAGCGUGGAAGAGCCGUCGUGCAAACGGCGGGGCUCGCGGCUCCCGCUGCGCGUCGAAGGGUCCUUUGCCUCCACCUAAAAUGGAAGUUGGAUGCUCGUGGCCCUCCCCUUUGGGGUCCCCUGGCCCUCCCCUUUGGGGUCCCCUGGCCCUCCCCUUUGGGGUCCCCUGGCCCUCCCCUUUGGGGUCCCCUGGCCCUCCCUUUGGGGUCCCCUGGCCCUCGCGUUCUGCCCUCCCCUUUGGGGUCCCCUGGCCCUCGCGUUCUGCCCUCCCCUUUGGGGUCCCCUGGCCCUCGCGUUCUGCCCUCCCUCUUGGGGUCCCCUGGCCCUCGCGUUCUGCCCUCCCUUUUGGGGUCCCCUGGCCCUCCCUUUUGGGGUCCCCUGGCCCUCCCCAUUGCGGUCCCCUGGCCCUCAUGUUCUGCCCUCCCUUUUGGGGUCCCCUGGCCCUCGUGUUCUGCCCUCCCUUUCGGGGUCCCCUGGCCCUCGCGUUCUGCCCUCCCCUUUGGGGUCCCCUGGCCCUCGCGUUCUGCCCUCCCUCUUGGGGUCCCCUGGCCCUCCCCUUUGGGGUCCCCUGGCCCUCGCGUUCUGCCCUCCCUCUUGGGGUCCCCUGGCCCUCCCCUUUGGGGUCCCCUGGCCCUCGCGUUCUGCCCUCCCUCUUGGGGUCCCCUGGCCCUCCCCUUUGGGGUCCCCUGGCCCUCCCCUUUGGGGUCCCCUGGCCCUCCCCUUUGGGGUCCCCUGGCCCUCCCCUUUGGGGUCCCCUGGCCCUCGCGUUCUGCCCUCCCCUUUGGGGUCCCCUGGCCCUCCCCUUUGGGGUCCCCUGGUCCUUGCGUUCUGCCCUCCCUCUUGGGGUCCCCUGGCCCUCCCCUUUGGGGUCCCCUGGUCCUUGCGUUCUGCCCUCCCUCUUGGGGUCUCCUGGCCCUCCCCUUUGGGGUCCCCUGGCCCUCAUGUUCUGCCCUCCCUCUUGGGGUCCCCUGGCCCUCCCCUUUGGGCUCUCCUGGCCCUCGCGUUCUGCCCUCCCCUUUGGGGUCCCCUGGCCCUCCCUUUUGGGGUCCCCUGGCCCUCGCGUUCUGCCCUCCCCUUUGGGGUCCCCUGGCCCUCGCGUUCUGCCCUCCCUUUCGGGGUCCCCUGGCCCUCGCGUUCUGCCCUCCCCUUUGGGGUCCCCUGGCCCUCCCUUUUGGGGUCCCCUGGCCCUCGCGUUCUGCCCUCCCCUUUGGGGUCCCCUGGCCCUCGCGUUCUGCCCUCCCUUUCGGGGUCCCCUGGCCCUCCCUUUCGGGGUCCCCUGGCCCUCGCGUUCUGCCCUCUCCUUUGGGGUCCCCUGGCCCUCGUGUUCUGCCUCCCCCUUUGGGGUCCCCUGGCCCUUCCCUUUGGGGUCCCCUGGCCCUCCCUUUCGGGGUGCCGCGGCCCUCGCGUUCUCCCCUCGGGGCCGGGCUUUGCCGCCGUCGGAAAGCAGCAGAACGGGGGAACCACCGGGAAGUCGCUACCGCGUUUAACGCCUCGCGGCGCCCCGGGUGUGAAGCCCAGCCCUCCUCUGGCCCGGGGAAGGGCUUGGUUUGCCGGAGCGUCCCCCACUUUAGCUUAUUAAAUCAGGUUCUUGAACAGCAGCUGUAA